GGGCUUCUCCUGCUUAAAAGUGCACGCGCCCUCGGCUAUUUAUUUGACGCGCGAAGUUGUUCGCGGAGUCUCAUCGCACCUGGGAGGAUUCGUACCUGGAUACACUCCAUUCAAAGACGCCGGGUGGAGAAAUCUUCUUGACUCCAGUGUCAUUACAGUAGGAAGACAGAGAUCCACCCUGGCACCCGGCAGCAUUCCGUCUAAAGGGGAGGAGGACUUUCUGACCCUGGCUGCCUCUCGGCUCAGCCGCUGGAAGUGUGUCAUCGGAGCCGCCGUGGGCGUGGCCAUGGUCCUACUCCUCCUGAUCGCCAUCCCUCUAUUGGUCCACACCGCCAAAGGUGGAGGAGCUAACCCAGGAAGUGGCGGAGGGGGGACCCAUUAUGAGAUGCUGGGGAGCUGCAGAAUGGUUUGUGAUCAAUAUAGUACUGCCCAACCAGGCCAGGAGCUGACAGCCGUGUCCCCCCAACCGGACUACCCUGGGCGGAAAAAAACGGGGUACCGCGGGGUCCCUGGGAUCUCUGGUCCUCCGGGUGACCCAGGGCCCCCUGGGGAACCAGGCAAGCCAGGCCCACAGGGGCCUCCCGGCCCUGGACCUAAUGGUUACGUCCCCUCCUUCUACAGCCCUAAGAUUGCCUUCUAUGCAGGGCUAAGGAAACAGCAUGAGGGCAUCGAGGUGUUGAAGUUUGAUGAUGUGGUGACCAAUGUAGGGAACUACUAUGAGCCUAGUACUGGGAAGUUCACCUGUCCUCUACCAGGUAUUUACUACUUCACCUACCAUGUUCUGAUGAGGGGUGGAGACGGGACCAGCAUGUGGGCCGACCUGAAGAAGAACGGACAGGUGAAGGCCAGCGCCAUAGCCCAGGAUGCGGACCAGAACUACGACUACGCAUCCAACAGUGUGAUCCUGCAUCUGGACGUGGGGGACGAGGUGUGUGUACAGCUGGACGGGGGGAAGGUCCAUGGAGGAAACACCAACAAAUACAGCACCUUCUCUGGGUUCCUCAUUUACCCCGACUGACCCUGAUCAACCGUCCCCGCCCCCCCACACACACACUGAAAGGAUGAAAGGACAUAGACUGAGUGUGUGGUUUUUGAAAUUAAGGAGUGUUUCAUGAGCGUGUUGAGUGUUAUUAAGCCAAUCAUGACCAAGUAUGUUUAUUGACCCCUUGUGUGUGUGAACAUAUGAAUAUUACAACAUGUACAGAAUAGGUACACAAGGUUGCAUUGGGAAAUAUACAGCAUAUGCCAUAUGUACCGUCUACUAACAUAGUGAGUUGGACAUACAGUUUAACCAAGAUAAUCAGUCCUACCCAUGCAUUCAGCAUCUUCAGUGGGACCAAGGUCGGGAGUGUUUUGAAUCAAUACCAGGUUAGCACACUGAGCUAGAGCCAAGGAAUUAGCUCCUGGAGCCAUCACAGUUUUCCAAAGUUCUCAACUUCGCUACAUUUAACCCCCCUCUAAUCCAGUGGGCAGUUCAGUUUAAGACCACUCGGAUAGUUGCCAAUCACAUCCCCUCGCUAGCUGUUUAAAAAAAUAAUAGCCCUUGCUGUUUCAAAAUAAAAGUCCCCUGCUGUUUCAAAAUAAAAGUUCAAAGUACA